GUUGACUAUUUCCGGUGCAUCCAAAUGGAAGCUCAGUGCAUAACGUGGUAUCCAAUGGUGCUUUUUUAUUGUCUGUGAUUUCACCUACUGUUGCAAGAAUCAUAAGAAACUUAAAGUGUUAGCUCUCCAGUGUUGUGUUGUUGGCAGGACAUGUAUUUGAGAUUCAGCAUGAAGCGGGAAAAUGAAGAUAUCCCGGAGGGCGAGCUGCAGCAGCAGCAACAACAGUUGUUGGAGGACAUCGACGGCAAGGACCAGAAACCACCAGUCAAGCGGCCCCGAAGCGACGAAGAGGAAGUGCGCCUUCUGAUUCCAAGCAAGAUGGCUGGAGCUAUUAUUGGAAAAGGUGGACAUAACAUCCAAAAACUACGAACAGAGUUCCAAGCCCAAGUGAACGUUGGCGAUUGUACAGGCCCCGAACGCGUCAUUACCAUCGGCGCCGAUAUGGAAACAGUCACCAAAGUGGUUAAGGACAUCAUGAAGCAUUUGGAUAAGGCAGGAGAAAAUGAGUAUGAACUAAGGAUUCUCGUUCACCAGAGUCUCGCCGGUUGCGUUAUCGGACGGGGAGGCACCAAGAUCAAGGAGCUCAAAGACCAAAUCGGUUGCCGGUUAAAGAUUUUCUCCAACAUUGCCCCGCAAAGUACGGACCGGAUUGCGCAAGUCGUCGGUACCGAGGAUCAGUGCCUGAAGGCGCUGAACGACAUCAUCGGUCUGAUCAAGGGCACGCCGAUUAAAGGCCCGGUGCACAACUACGAUCCCCACAACUACGACGACGUGUACUCCGAGGAGUACGGUGGUUACGGUGCGGGAGGCGGUGGUGGCGGAGCUGCUGGUGCUGGAGCCGGAGGUGCUCCGGGUGGUGCCGGUGGUGGAUUCGGCCGCAACGGACGUAACAGCGGGGGCGGUGCCGGAGGAUUCGAAAGGCGCGAGCGGUUCGAUGAUCGUCGCGGAGGAGCCGCGGGAGGCAAUGGGGCAGGCCGCGGGUACGAUCGCGGAAAUGAUCGACGUGGCGGAGCGGGUGCUGCCGGCGGUGGCAGUGGAAUGAGAGAACGGGAGUUCAUCAACCCGUGGGCGCCAAACGUCAACGGUGGUCAGAUGGGCGGAGGAAACUUUGCUGGUGGAAACGGGCUUGGCAUGGGUGCGAUGGGCGCGAUGGGUGCCGCGGGUAACAUACCCGCCAUGAAUAGCAUGAGCAACAUGGGCAACGGAAAUAUGGCCGCGCCCUUCGGAGGAGGCAACGGUAACAUGGACAACAAAACCUCCACCCAGGUUACCAUUCCAAAAGAUUUGGCAGGAGCAAUCAUCGGCAAGGGAGGUGGCCGAAUCCGUCGCAUCCGGAACGAGUCCAACGCAUUCAUUCAGAUCGAUGAAGCUCUGCCAGGAUCAACAGAUCGGAUCAUUACCAUCACCGGAACAACCAAGGAGAUCCAAGCCGCGCAGUACAUGCUACAGCAAAGCGUUCGCGAAAAUCUUGCCAGCGGAGGUGGUGGUGGUGGCGGCGGCGGCGGCGGUGGAUUCAACCGUAAUUAAUCAUGCAUUUCACCACAACCAUUCAAAGAAAAGCAUCCUUGAGCAACCGAAAAGUUACGAAACGAUUCAUGUGCGUAUAGUGUUUGCGCAUGAAUUCUACCUACUAACAAACAAAAAAGAAGCCACCGGUCCCAAAAGAAAAAGGAAACAAAAACAUGUAGUAGAAAAAAGUAUAAAUUGUCACCUUGAUAAUGUUAUUUUGUCACUAUUUCAAACCGUAGCCAUAUUUAUACAAGCAUCAUCUUUGGAAACUUUUGUAAUUUUAUGAUAUUUCGACAUUUGAACUUUUUUUUUUUUGGAAAACAUUUUUGGUUGUAUUGAGUUAAUUAUAAUUUGUACAUUGAGUUUACUCAAUUAAAGUCAAUCAGUCAAGAAUUAAAAAACUUAAAGUUUUUUUACAAACCCACAUGGGCCAGUAAAUUUUCAACUGUAUUUUUAACAUAUUGUAAUUAACAACUGGAAAGCAUUGUGAGGUAUUUUUUAUAUCAGCCCAACAGAAAGUAAAGAUAAACUAAGCCAGCCCCAAACGUAUUAAAUAAAGGUACAACCACACCAAUGAACAAAACCAGUUAUAUUCUGCACCACCUACGAAUAGGUACAUGAAAUGUAAUUUACAUGAAGAAAGUUCGAUGUUCGAAUACGUUUAACAACGCGUCCCACUAUUAACAAAAGAUGAGAUAAAUUUCUUCUAAUGAAUGAGAAAGCGUUACGGUAUUGAAAUGGGUACAAUGUCUAAUAAAGUCUUAGUUUUAUCUUUUGGAUUCCACAAGAAGAAACAAUUUC